AUGGCCUUUGCAAAUCUACAGAAAGUGCUUAUCAGUGACAGCCUGGAUCCUUGUUGCUGGAAGAUCCUGCAAGAUGGAGGGCUGCAGGUGGCGGAGAAGCAGAACCUGAGUGAAAAAGAGCUGACAGCCGAGCUGCAGGACUGCGAGGGCCUUAUCAUCUGCUCAGCCACCAAGACAACUGCUGAUGUCAUCAACAUGGCAGAGAAGCUGCAGGUGGUCGGCAGGGCUGGCACAGGUGUGGACAACGUGGAUCUGGAGGCUGCAACUAGGAAGGGAGUCCUGGUCAUGAACACCUCCAAUGGAAACAGCCUCAGCGCUGCUGAGCUCACCUGUGGGAUGAUCAUGUGCCUGGCCACGCAGAUCCCCCAGGCAACAGCUUCCAGGAAGGAUGGCAGAUGGGAGCAAAAAAAGUUCAUGGGGACAGAGCUGAGCGGAAAGACCCUGGGAAUUCUUGGGCUGGGCAGAAUUGGGAGAGAAGUGGCCACCCUGAUACAAUCCUUUGGGAUGAAGGGUCUUAUCCUGUUCCCUGGGCUGUCACUCAGACUGUUCAUCCAUAAUUAG